AUGUAUGUGCUUCUCUUCCAGGCCUUGGGAUUUUUGCUGUGGAUCGUCUGCUGGGCAGACGUCUUCUACUCUUUCUGGGAAAGAAGUCAGGGCAUAUUCCUGGCCCCAGUGUUUCUGGUCAGCCCAACUCUCUUGGGCAUCACCAUGCUGCUUGCUACCUUUUUAAUUCAGCUGGAGAGGAGGAAGGGAGUUCAGUCUUCAGGGAUCAUGCUCACUUUCUGGCUGGUAGCCCUACUGUGUGCGCUAGCCAUCCUGAGAUCCAAAAUUAUGACUGCCUUAAAAGAGGAUGCCCAGGUGUACCUGUUUCGUGACAUCACUUUCUAUGUCUGCUUUUCCCUCUUACUCAUUCAGCUCGUCUUGUCCUGUUUCUCAGAUCGCUCACCCCUGUUCUCGGAAACCAUCCACGACCCUAUAGCAGACCCCACGUUAGCUGAAAUGGGAAAAAACUUGAAGGAGGCAAUGAAGAUGCUGGAGGACAGUCAGAGAAGAACAGAAGAGGAAAACGGAAAGAAGCUCAUAUCCGGAGAUAUUCCAGGCCCACUCCAGGGCAGUGGACAAGAUAUGGUGAGCAUCCUCCAGUUAGUUCAGAAUCUGAUGCAUGGAGAUGAAGAUGAGGAGCCCCAGAGCCCCAGAAGCCAAAAUAUUGGAGAACAAGGUCAUAUGGCUUUGUUGGGACAUAGUCUGGGAGCUUAUAUUUCAACUCUGGACAAAGAGAAGCUGAGAAAACUUAGAACUAGGGUACUUUCAGGUACCACCUUAUGGCUAUGCAGAAUUUUCAGUGAAUGGUGCAGAGAGCUUUCUUGUCAAGUCGUGUGUUUCUUCCUGCAGCUCGGCUUGCCCUUCCCCUGCUUGUGCCGUGUACCCUGUAACACUAUGUUUGGAUCCCAGCAUCAGAUGGAUGUUGCCUUCCUGGAGAAACUGAUUAAAGAUGAGAUAGAGCAAGGAAGACUGCCUCUGUUGCUUGUCGCAAAUGCAGGAACUGCAGCAGUAGGACACACAGACAAGAUUGGGAGAUUGAAAGAACUCUGUGAGCAGUAUGGCAUAUGGCUUCAUGUGGAGGGUGUGAAUCUGGCAACAUUGGCUCUGGGUUAUGUCUUCUCAUCAGUGCUGGCUGCAACCAAAUGUGAUAGCAUGACGAUGACUCCUGGUCCGUGGCUGGGUUUGCCAGCUGUUCCUGCGGUGACACUGUAUAAACACGAUGACCCUGCCUUAACUUUAGUUGCUGGUCUUACAUCAAAUAAGCCCACAGACAAACUCCGUGCCCUGCCUCUGUGGUUGUCUUUACAAUACUUGGGACUUGAUGGGAUUGUGGAGAGGAUCAAGCAUGCCUGUGAACUGCUGGGGAAACUGAGGCACCGAGGUGAAGGGAGCCCCCUCCCACGCGAGGCCGCCGCCGGGGGCAGGGGCGAUGGGGGUGGGCGCAGGGCGGUGAGUGGGGGACGGCUGGGGCCUCGGAAGGGGCUGCUCCCCGGCCAGGGUAGUCAGUCCGACUACGGCUACCUAUGUCUCGUCUGUAGCUUCUUGAGGGGCUGGCGGCUGGGGCAGCGCAAUGACAGGGCUUUGGCCUGGAUGACGCCCCGCCCUGGGCCAGCCUGGGCCCCGCAGGGCGGUUGGCGAGGGUCACAAGUUGGACGAGAGGCGCGAGAGCGCAGAGUCCUGAGGGUCCAGGCCGCAGCUGCACCGGGCGAGGCGGAGUCCACGCUGUCCGGGCUGGGCGCCACGCUCGGGGCAGCGAGCGUGGGCCCCAG